AUAACAAGCAUUCCCAUCUAAGCAAUAUAGAAUAUAAUGGCUGCUAAAAUUGAUCCACUGGUUGUUGGUAGAGUUAUCGGUGAUGUUGUAGACAUGUUUGUGCCUAGUGUCACUAUGUCUGUUCACUAUGCCAACAAACAUGUCACUAAUGGUUGUGAUAUCAAACCCUCUAUUGCUACUGAACCUCCUAAAAUAACACUAGGUGGCAACGCUAACGAUUUUUACACACUGGUCAUGACGGACCCGGAUGCUCCAAGUCCAAGUGAACCAAGCAUGAGAGAGUGGGUGCAUUGGAUUGUGACAGACAUCCCUGGAGGCAGCAACGUUGCUCGAGGGAAAGACAUACUGGGAUAUGUUGGGCCACGUCCACCAGUUGGAAUACACAGGUACAUACUGGUGUUGUUUCGACAGAAAGCGCCAAUGUCAGGAAUGUUGCAGCCACCAGUAGCAAGGUCUCAUUUUUGCACUAGGAUGUUUGCACAGCAUCUUGAUCUCGGUGUUCCCGUUGCCACUGUUUAUUUCAAUGCCCACAAGGAACCAGCAAAUCGUAAGCGUUGAGAGUGAUGACGAAGAGGACAAGCAGUAUAUAUAAUAUGUGAAUAUCGUUAAUUAAAGCUAUCAGUGAAUGUUAAUGUGUGUUUAGUGUUUGUCACUUAUUAUUAUUAGUCAAUUACUUUUAAGUCUGAAAAAUAAGCGUGUGAUAUUAAGUGUAAUUUAUGUUUGCUACUCCAAUGUAUUAUUGUAUGUAACUAUAUAUGUACUUUCAUUAUAUUGUAUUUUUUUUUACCUGUCUCUAUUCUAAAUUGUCCACAUACCAUUGCA